AUGGCGCAACCACAUCCCACCCUCAUCAACAUCCCCCAACCUCCCUCCAACCCGGACACUCCAUCAGAGAUGCCCGGCACUCCCACCUCAACAACGACCUCCCUCUCUGCUCUCUCCACUACCGCUAUCAAGGACGGUCACCGCGGUCACGCCACUGCGACAACGCAUCACCCCGGCCACCAGCAGCAUGCCUCCCAGGGCAGCCUCGAAGCCGAGCGCGCCGACAGGAUCUCGCGCCUUGCCGGCCUCUCCAAUGUCAACCAGCUGCGAUCUCCCCCCAGCGCUGGCUCUGCGGCCCCGGCCCGCAACAGCAACAGCCCCCAGACGACGCCUACAUCUGCCGUCUUCCCACAUACCGCCCACCGCCCCAUCGCGCCCCUGAUCCAGGGCGCCCCGGCGUAUUUCGACUCGAAUGGACAGCCAGUCGCUGUGACCAAGAUGUCCACCUCCGGCACUGCGUCCGCGACUGAGAGUGCAAGUACACCUGGUCAAGGGGACAUCGACAUGAUGAGCACAGAUACCAACUUCGCGCGUGACACGGAGGUCGACUCGGCUAGCGGCUACGUGGGAACGGGUCACAACGAACAGGCGGACAUGGACGUCGACGAGGAUUUGACGAGCCGUAGCGUAGGCCAGUUCGAGCAGGACGACAACAUGAGCGACGACGGCUCCGCCAGCCUGGUCGGCUUCGGCGAGGGCGCAAACAGCACCAUCUCCGGGCCCAUCUACGUGCGACGACCCCUGCCCGGGAUGGAGGGUCUGCAGAGGAGCAGCUCCGGCCUGAGCGAGGGCGCGGUGCUGGCGGCCCGGCGAGAGAGGCUGGAUCGCGAGGAUGCAACCGCGGCGUCCGAGAGGAGGGAUGCUCGCUUCAUCGACGGCGUGGCGUCAGAAGCCACCCCGGGCGGCGCGGCGGAUGACGACUCCUUCGUGGACACGACCAAUAGUGGCCCCGUCCCCGUUUCUGGUCCAGGUUAUACUAGCUCUUUACGUGAGACCCAACACGGCGCGCACACACGGCAUCACCUGAACCAUCAGCAGGCUCCCACGGCCCGCGAGGCUGCCGAGAGGGCGAUGCGCGAGCGUGGGCUGGACCCCAGCCAGCGAGGCGGAAGCUCCGCCGCCAGCAGUCCCGGGAAGAGACUGACGUUUGAGGAUCAGAAGUGA